UGUUUGUAACUAUUAUUCCAUUUCAAGUGAGUUAACCGGCGGCAGUUUUAAGUCAGAGCUCAGCUCGGUUCAGUUCGUGGCAAAAAACGUUUGUGCGCUCAUUGCAUUUUAAUGGGUUUUUAAAACGGCGAUGUUCCAGGACAACGAGCCGGCCAGGACGAGAGGAAAGGGGAAUAAAGAAGGCGAUUUAGAUAUGCUGCCAUACAACGCCCACAUGCAGCUUUGCACUCGACGCAUUUUAACACUGAAGAAAAUGAAUUUAAAAUAUAAGCUUUGGUAUUCAAAGUAAGGGGAGCACUCUUUUACCUUUAAAAACUCUAAGAAUAUAAUGAUGUCAAGUCGUUUGCCUAAGCGUUUGCCACUUUAUUCCGCCAUCGUCUGUUUAUCUCCGCUCCUACUAUUGGCUUUGCGUUUUCCUUGGGCUGCUCACCUAGCUGGGAGCUAUGUCCUGGGAAAGGCAUCCAGGACUCGACAAUCGACGGGGCGGGGUGAGAAGUCAGGACCCAGGAGCCAAGAGCUAAGAGCUCUAACCGAGACAGAAGCACUGGAUUUAGCUAUACCUUUGGCGUCCUGUGUACUAUAUGGCAUGUCAGUGAGCACUUACACUAAUUUCCAGUUAUUUGCAUGCAAAAUUACCCGGCACCAGCUACGAAGCCACGGCAGUGGCAACGACACCACAGGAGCAACACCGAACCAGCACCACUAAGGCAAAUAACUCGACCCACCAACGACCCACGAAAGGUGGCAGUAGCUUUUGGCUUUUCCUCUAAGCACUGAGAAAAAUUCAAAGAUCAAGGAAUGACUAAUAGUAUCAGAUAUGCUAUUAGAUACUUAUAGUAUUUCGACUUUCUUAGAAGGGCUAUACAUUUCAAUAGGCAGACUUUGUAAAAACUAAGAAGUGUGUGAAAUUUUUCUCACUUUACACUCUGUCCGUCAGCCAAUUAAAAGGAGAAAAUUAUGUUAAUUUUGAGAGGCCUGGACUGCACUGUCAUUUAUCAUUUUGGCCUCGCUUUCUGUUAUGGCUCCGACUGCCGGCUCUCCAGCACUCUAAUACUCUUUAUGCCUCCCACUUAUGACCGCCGCCCAUCAUCCAGCUCACGUGGCUCCCCAUUUCCAUUGACUUAAUGCCCGUGAUUGGCAUUUGGCACAACGCCUACGCCUGACAACAAUUUUUAUUCCUCCGCCUCGGUGCAAGACCCAGUAAAUAGUGUGUGGGCGUUAGCCCAGCACUUAAACAAACUCACACAUGCACCCACUCACAUGCUCACACACUCACACACACAAACUGGUACGCCGAAGAGUACAGUCCUUGUGUGAGGACAUCAAUAAUUUAUGUAGGAAUUUGAUAAAUUAUUUCGUAUGACGGUCCGCUGCUGCCGCAACUAAAUAAGUUAAUUUGUCAUAGGAAAGCUCUAACCAAAAAAAAAAAAAUGGUAAGAAAAAACAUUGUUCAGACAUGUAAAUGGUCUCAAUGGGGUUUUGCCUUUAACAUUUCGUUGAGCUCUGAUAGGGAAUACAUAAUAAAUUGGAUAUUAAUGGUCUAGACAUGUGUACCGAGGAUAAAUAAACUACUUGCGUGCUUUCUUUAUUUAUGCCGAAGGGAUGAACUCUAACAUUGUGAUUUUAUUGCUAAAAGAAGUGAAAAAUGGUUACCUUCUAAAAAUUUAACAAUUAUUUUUAAUUCAAUUGGAAAUACAAUCCAUUUUUGUUAAGAAGUCUAGCUAUUACAAAGUAAAAUCAAUUUCUAUUGGUAUUACAUUCUUUGAAACCAAAAUCCCUUUAAAUUUUAUUAAGAAAUACUUCGAAAAAUGUGUUAAAAUAGAAUAUACCUCCUCCUAACGGCCAAUUAAAGUAGCGAAAUUCAAUCCGAUUGCCUUCAGCUAUCUACCUCCACUUGAU